ACUAGGUUUUGCAAAACGAUUGCAUUAAUAAGAUAAAUUUUCUCAACAAUAGGCAAACGGUUUGUAAAACUUGACAGCGCGAGUGCGUGGUAUUGAAAAACCCUUGUAAAUAUUAUUGACGGGUUCUCGUGUCGCUUAGAACGGAUAUUUAAUUCGUAUAUGCGUAACCGUAUAUUCUAGAAGAAAUCCGGCACUUGCUCACAGCGCCUAUUCGACACGUUCUCUUGGAAAAUGCGUUACGCGUGCGAUCUAUGCUUGUUUAUCAUAGUCUCGUAUCUCUGGUUCAACGAUAUCGUAGCUUCGGAGAAAGAAUCGAAAAAUGACAGUGUAUUUAUACCCACCAAAGAAUGGCAAGUCGUUGAAAAGGGCACACCAAUCCCAAAAGGUCUUCAUGUUCGGCAUAAUUUUCAAACUGGCAUUACAGAAGCAAAACUGAUGGAACCCAGCGAGAAAGAGAUUUCGGAUAACGAUGAAAUGCGCAAAUCCGUAGCCCUACAUCCAGACGCGGAGAAUUUAAAACCUUCGGAAAUUAAUGAUGGACAGAUUCAGCACGAUGAUAGGACUUUGAAAAUAUCUGGGGAAGAAUUAAAAACCGAAUUGAAAAAAAUUAAGUCUAGCAAGACGCCUUUCGCACGGAAACCCAAGCGUGCCAGGUUCCAGAGCUUUGAUGAACUGAAGAAGGAGUAUGAGACCAUAAACUUUGGCCCGUCAACCGACAUUGAUUUAUUAGGUAUUUUCAUUGAACAGUUUGAUACUCAUCGAACUGCAAUUAUGUCCGGAUCACUAGAUGCCAAAGAGAUCAAAGACAUCAUGGAUAUAUUGGGUCAGUUAGAAUACCUGGUCCACGACAUUGACAAUGGGCUCGAAUUCACCAGAUUCGGAGGCCUGAUGAAAGUGAUACACCCUUGUCUCAAUGGCACAAUAGAGGAGAUCAAGUGUGAAGCCCUUCAUGUCCUCGGAGCAGCUGUACAGUCAAACCCGAAGGUGAAGGAGAUAGCACUGGAGUCGGAAUUUGUCCCAAUCAUUUUGCGCAUGUUGACAAAACACGGCACCUCAAAAUUGAUGGAUCGAUGUAUAUACGCACUGGGUUCCCUGGUCCGAAACUACCCAGCUGCACAAAAAGCACUACUGAGUCACGGCGGCUUAGAAAUAUUUUCACAGGUCUUGGCAGAUGGUCCCAUAUCUGCACAGAAACGUAUAAUGAACCUGGUUAACGAUUUGAUCAUCGAAAGGGAAAAUUUAAAUGAAAUCGAAGACUUGGAGCGCCGUAAUUUGAAAGUGCAAGAGUAUACAGAUGUUGAAUUAGAGGGAAAAAUAGUACAACAUAAGUUAUGCUCACAGUUAAGCAGUUUACUAGUAAAAACUAUACAGAAUGAAGUGAAGAUUGAAUUCAAUGCUCAAGACCAUGACUUACUAGAAGCUAUUUACGAAUGCGUACUCACUGCUGGCAAUAUCUGCAAACUUGAGUUUAAACAAAGCGAAGAAGAAAUCUUAGCUGCUCUGCACAGCAUCAGUGCUUUGUACAAAAGCUUGGGUCUAAAAUUGCGUUCAGACGAUGAUGAUUUGCUUCGGCAUUUGCUGAGACUGGUAGAAAAAACGAAGCAGACCAUAUUUGACAAGCUUCAUGAUGAACUGUAAGGUCAUGAAAGGAUCUACCAACUACCCGUUGGUGCAGUAUAACGUAUCAAUAACCUUAGAUUUUAAUACUUAAGUAAGAUGAUUGAAUAUUUGUGUAAGGUAUUGUAAGUGAAUAUCCGUUUGUUGACUACUCUAUAAAUAUAAAUUUUUAAGACUGUCAUAUCUGUUCACAAGCCUAAUAUGAAUUAUAUCUGUACAUACAAAAUAUCAUCCCCCCGACAUUUGACUAAAAUGACGACACUGAAUAACAUAAUGGUAAAUAAAACACAGCAACUGAUGUAAAACAACAGUGUGCCUUGACCACGAUACUUUGAUACUCGUUAAGUAAUAAUCACUUAAUGAUGAAUUACUCAACAUACAAUUGUCUGCAGAUUUGGAUUAGCAUAAAGCCAAUUAUCUCUAUAUUAAAGCGGACAAAAUUGUUCAUUACCAUUUUUCACGCGAGAUACGCCGAGAUAAAACAAUUUCGCUUCACAUACAAUAAUUAUUUUAUUUACAAAACCCGAUGAUUAGAUGUAAACAGGUCAGAAUUAGAUAUAUUAUGGUCAUUAUAAAAUGUGCUUAGAAAAUCGUGCUGUAUUUACAUACCGGGGAGAAAGGCACUCGUAAUUAACAUAGCAAAAUAACCAAUCUCAUUAACUUUCACUAUUUUAAGUACAAUAAUUAUUAUAUUGGGUUUACAUCAAUAGACUGGAAAAGUUGGUAUUACUACUGAUUUUCUGAAUUUCAAGCCAUUAUUCACAAUCAGUUAAUAUCACAUACAAUAUUUUCCCGUGCAAGAAAAUCAGCAAAAUUCAAUCCAAAAUUAUUUAAUUGAGGAUCAAAGAUACCGGCAAAAAUUCUUUGACACCGAUUCUAUAGGAACUUAAAAAUAUAUUUUAUACAGUACAAUCUUACAAACCCUAAGCUUACAGUUUACUAUGCCUUUCAAUUUUAUCUUUACUCUCACCCUACGCCUAUCGAUAUAUCAUAGGUACAGGUAUAACAUGGCAAAUACUGCUUAUACUUACAUUUUGAACUCACGAUACCUAGUAAGUAGAACAUAAACUUCCUACACCUUGAUUCAUUGAGCAUAAAUUUUCUGCGGGAUGGGGGGAGAAAUGUACAUUCUAUGAAUAAGUCAACAGUUUUUCCUUUUCAUUAUGAUGGUUAAUUAACAAUAACGACUAAUAAAUAUAAUUCAAUUAUUUUCCCAUUCAUAUGAGAUUAAG